AGCACAUUUCCUCUAAGCUUCCCUGCACUUCGUCCCCCGUUGACUUCACUACAGCAGGAAGAAGAAGAAGAAAUGCCGAUGGAACGAGCGCUCGAAUCGGCAUCGGUGAGUUGGCUCAUCAACCACUUGGCCUCUCAGCAAGUCGUAGACUUCCUACUCAAGUGGGAGAUCGACUCCGCCCUUACCAAGAAGCUCAACACUCUCCUCCUCUCCAUCACCGCCGUCCUCAACAGCGCCGAAGACCGGCAGGUCGACGACCCCCACGUCAGGGCGUGGCUCGACGACCUCAGGGAUGCAGUCUACGAGGCCGAGGACCUGAUCGACGAGAUCGCAACCCGCGCCCUCGAAUCCGAACUCGGCACGGGUAAGUUGACCGGCUCCCUUCAUCUUAGCGAUUCGGUUAAGAAAGCCGUAGACUUUAAGCUGAAGGAUGUCGUCGAUCAUCUGAGUCCGUUCAAGGUCCCGAUAGAAUCGAAGAUUAGAGGCGUUGUUGAUAGGCUUGAGGAUAUUUCCAGGCAGAAGGACAUUCUUAGACUGACAGCAGAGGCUAGUAAUGCUAAGCUGAAAUCGCCGGGAUCUGCUGGGGGGUCACUGCGUUUGACGACCCCUGCGGUCACUGAGUCCCGGGUUCAUGGUAGAGAUGCUGAUAAGGAGGCUAUAAAACGUCUCCUAGUCUCGGGCUUAGAUGAGCUGUCAGUGAUCCCGAUUGUCGGUAUGGGGGGCAUUGGUAAGACCACCCUGGCUAAGAUUGUAUACAAUGAUGAGGAUGUCAAGGGUGCUUUUGAUUCGAGGGCCUGGGCUUAUGUUUCUGAUGUAUUUGAUUCUGCGGGUAUCUUGCGGGCACUGGUUGAGUCUGCCACUAGGGAGAUUUGCAAUACUAACAAUUUGGAAUUACUCCAGUGCCGCCUGCAGUCUCUGUUGAGUAAGAAGAAGUUCCUUGUUGUUCUUGAUGAUGUAUGGAAUGAUGAGUAUGGAAGGUGGGAUGACUUGAGGACUGCUUUCGAGAAUGUUGGAGCUGCGGGAAGCAGAAUCAUUGUGACGACACGGAGUGAGGAGGUUGCACGGAUCAUGCGGACUGGGCCGACUUAUCAUUUAAAAGGGUUGCUGGAAGAUGCCAGUUGGUCCCUGUUUGAGCAGAUUGCUUUUCCCAAAAUGGACUCUGCGAAGUACCCGAAUCUGAGACUUAUUGGAAGGGAGAUUGUGCUGAAAUGCAAGGGCUUGCCAUUGGCGGUGAAGGUCAUUGGGGGCUCACUCCUUCAAAACACGGAUGAGAAUUACUGGAGAGAUAUCGCACGCAGCAAAUUCUGGGAUUUACCUGGAAAAGAGAUUGUUCCCGCCCUUAGGCUAAGCUAUUAUCACCUACCGCCACAUCUUAAGAAAUGCUUUGCUUACUGUUCUAUGUUCCCAAAGGGUUAUGAGUUUGAUGAAGAGAUGCUCGUCCUUCUUUGGUUGGCAGAGGGUGUUGUGCAGCUGCCUGGAGCAAAGCAUGACAAACUUGAAGAAGAAGCAGCAAAGUUUUUCACUGAUUUGGUGUCACGAUCGUUCUUUCAGCAUUAUAGUGGUGAAGAUUCGACAUUUGUCGUGCAUGACUUGAUUCACGAACUUGCUCAAUCUGUCUCUGGGAAAGCAUCUCUUAGUAUGGGAAAUAAAGCAGAAAAUUCGAAGAAUUAUGAUUCCCUUGAGAAAACUCGUCAUUUAUCCUACAUCCGUGGAUUAAAUGAUGCCUUCCUGAAGUUUGAACCCUUUGGCAGAACUAAAAGCUUGCGCACUUUUCUUCCUUUAGAUCCAUUUCAUGGAUAUCGCCGAAGCAGCUUAACCAAAAAGGUUGUUCAUGAGCUACUACCCAAUUUAAGUGUCUUGCGGGUGUUGUCAUUACAAAGCUACGAGAUAACCAGUAUACCAGGCUCCAUAGGUAACCUGAAGCAUCUUCGUUACCUCAAUCUCUCACAUUCUCUAAUUCAGGAGUUACCUCAUUCAGUAAACAGUCUCUACAAUUUGCAAACACUGAUAUUGAAUGGUUGCAAGAAUCUUAUGAAGCUGCCUGAUGAUAUUGGAAGCCUGAUUAACUUGAGGCAUCUUAUUCUCAAUAAGACUAAUUUGCAGAUGAUGCCUAUGGGAAUGAGAAAGUUAGCAAAUCUUCGAUCUUUGACCAAUUUUGUUGUGGGAGAUGGUUGUGGAUCUGGUAUAGGAGAGUUGAGGGACCUGUCGUUGUUGAGAGGCAAGCUUCAUGUAUCAGGAUUGCAUAAUGUAAAAGAAGUUAGAGAUGCAAUAGAGGCUAAACUGAACUCCAAGAAAGACAUAGAUGAAUUGGUCCUUGAAUGGGAUGGUACAUCUGAUGGAUUGAGAGAUAUAGGAGUUGAAACAGAUAUACUUGAUGCUCUAGAACCUAAUGAAAGCUUGAGAAGGCUUACCAUCAGGUACUAUGGUUCCCCAGAAUUUCCGAGCUGGUUGGGAGAUCCUUCGUUUGAUAAGAUGGUCUCUGUUCAUCUUUAUGGCUGUAGAAAGUGCCGUUUUCUACCACCGCUUGGGAUGCUUCCUGGCCUCGAAAACCUCGUCAUUGAAGGAAUGGACUGCAUAAAGUCCGUGGGUCUGGAGUUCUAUGGAGACGCUUAUAUUGGUCAAGAUCCCUUUCCAUCUCUGAAGGCUCUGAAGUUUGAAGACAUGAAGGAGUGGGAGGAAUGGCUAUCCUAUGGAGAUGACGGAGUCAAGGGAUUUCCAAGGCUUUAUGAGCUUUCUGUUUUCAGAUGUCCAAAAUUGGGCAAAUUCAGUGGCAGAUUUGGUUCACUGGAAAUUCUUCGUAUCAAAAACUGUGCAGCUUUGACUUCAUUUUCAGAAUGUUCUACUGUUGAAACUUCAAACUUUGCAGAAUAUCCUCAUCUUCGGACGCUGGUUCUCCAUAAUUGCAUUGAGCUCAACAAUCUACCUGCCACCAUACCUUCCCUGGAAUCACUCAGCAUAGAUAAUUGUGAAAGACUGACUCAUCUUCCAAGCUUUGGAAUGCUUAAGAAACUGUCUUUGUUUGGUUCCAGCAUGGAAGUAAUUGGGAAUCUGGUUGACCUCACCUCGCUUACCUCUUUGGAAAUACGUGGCAUAUUGCAUCUGAAGAAUUUCCCUGAAGGAUUUCUACGGAAAUCUCGAAAGCUUGAAGAGUUAAAUGUUCUUACUUGCAAUGAUCUCAUUGGUUUGUCAGAUGAUGGCACGGGACUAAAUCACCUUUCCUCACUCAAAAAGCUGACUAUUUCCGCGUGUUCUUUCUUCAAAUCUUUGCCGGAUGAGACCAGGUGCUUACCACCUGUACUCACUUCUUUGGAUCUCAAACAUUGUGAAAAUCUAACCAAGCUACCGUCCGAGCUCUUCGGCAUCCUAUCUCUCAGAGAGCUGAAGGUCGAGAGGUGUCCACAGCUUGAGGCCUUUCCUGAAUCAGGUCUGCCACCGUUACUAAAACGCCUCGAAGUUCGAGAUUGUCCAGCUUUUAAGAUUUUUCCUGGGGAAAUACUGGAUAAAAACGUCGCCCUCGAGUACUUGGAGCUUCGCUCUUGCUCUUCUCUGGUAUCAUUUCUUGAAAAUGGUAGGCUACCCACAACUCUUAGACAUAUCAAAGUGGCAUAUUGCAAGAAGCUCCAGUCACUGCCUCAAGGAAUCAUGUGUAGGAAUGACAUGGCUCUUGAAUACUUGGAAAUUGAUAGUUGCUCUUCUCUUGUCUCAUUCCCAUCGGGGGAAUUACCUGGAGCACUCAAGAAGUUAGAGAUCAGCCAUUGUACGGCCCUCACGUCAUUACCUGUCAAUCUUGUCAGCCUGAGAAAUUUGGAUACCCUGGUAUUAACUGGAUGUCCUGCCGUGAAGGGCUUCCCUCGUGGUGGAUUACCUACCAAUUUAGUCUCUCUCAGAGUCUCAGAAUGUGAGGAGCUAAAUGCCCUCCUGGAGAGAAUUGACAAACUCAAAUGCCUCCAGGUGUUGGACAUAUUGAACUGUCCCAGUCUUGAAUUGAUCCCGAGGCAAGGCCUUCCUACUAGCCUGAUAUCGCUUUCUAUCCAGGACUGCCCAAAGCUCAAUCCAGUGGAUCAAUGGAAGCUGCACAAGCUCGUUAGUCUCAAACAUUUCUCCAUUGGCUGUUGCAAGGGUCUGAUUUCCUUUCCAAGCAAAUAUCUUCUGCCUGACUCGAUAACUUUGCUUGACAUUGUGGAUCUCCCGGAUCUCGAAUCCUUAUCGCCGGGCUUGGAGAAUCUCACCUCGCUUGAAAAUCUGGCGAUCAGUGGCUGCUCUAAGCUCCGGUCAUUGCCAGAAAAUGGGUUACCGCCUUCGCUUGGCAGUCUAGCGAUACGACAGUGUCCACUAUUGAAAGAACAGUGUGAAACCAGUAAAGGAGCUGAAUGGUCAAAAGUCGAGAACGUCCCCUAUGUGAUAUUGAUGUGAUCUUCACAUCCUUCCAUCACCGGAGGAAAUCCUGUCAGGAAAUCUUGCGGUUUGAUUGGUGUGGUCCACCGAAACAAACCUGGACGUGUUUGACAUGUAGCAUCAGAUGCCCGUACGGGGUUCUUCAUGAAUAACAUGCUGCUCUUUCCAGCGAUGUUCUUUUUGAGCUCUCUUAGUUUACGGUCAUCAAGCAAUUCAGGGAUCACUAAUUUCAUCAUCUCGAUCCGGGAUGCUCAUCUCAAAUCAAGCGUUCCAUUCUCAAGAUCCUUUUGAGCUGCAUCUUACUCCUCCCAAGCAUUCCUAAAAAAUGCUCUGUACUUUAUAUUUUUCUUGGCUGAAGAGAUAAGGGACUCGCAGCACUAGCUGUUGAUGGUCUACAACCAGAUGGAACGAAGUCCCACCAGCAACAAAUAUAAGGCACAGCAGACCACAAAUCCACUGAGCUGCAGAGUAUAUACCUAGAUGGCGUCGACCAUGCCUUGGGUCGUCCGGACCUGCAGAAAAUGCCAUGGUGGGUGCCCACUUCUGCAUUGGACGCGAGUCAAUCCCGGCUGUCCAGGAUGUGGAUCUUGGCCUGCCAUCCGCCACAGCUCCACCCCUUAAUGUUGCUUGAUCUGACAUAAAAGGCAUUCAGUAAAAGAAAAACAACUAUAUAGUUUUAUUUACUUAUAUGUACUUUUACAAGAGUAUAUAUCUGAAUUAGAUUCAACCCUGCAUAUGUCUCACCUAUUCUACUUGUAAAGUUCUGCAAAUGAUGAACUCAAUAAAAAUCUUUGUUCUUGACU